AUGACACAGCAAGGGAGACACAGCGAGGAGGAGACAAUCAGAGGCACAAUCAGGAGGACACAGCACACAAGGACACAGCAAAGAGACACAGAGGAGGGGAGACAAUCAGGGAGGCCACAAUCAGGAGGACACAGCAAGGAGACACAGCAAGGAGACACACGAGGAGGAGACAACAGAGGCACCAGGGGAGGGGACACAGUAAGGAGACAAGGCAAGGAGACACAGCAGAGAGAGAGAACCAGGAGGCCACAAUCAGGGAGGGACACAGCCACGAGACAAGGAGACACAGCGAGGGAGGAGACAAUCAGAGGCCACAAUCAGGGGAGGACACAGCACGAGGGGACAGCAAAGAGACACAGCGAGAGAGACAAUGAGGCCACAAUCAGGGAGAGACAGCCACGAGGACACAGCAAGGAGACACAGCGAGGAGGAGACAAUCAGGAGGCCACAAUCAGAGGACACAGCCACGAGGGACACAGCAAGGAGACACAAGCGAGGAGGAGACAAUCAGGAGGCCACAAUCAGGGAGGAACAGCCAUGAGGACACAGCAAGGGAGACAGCGAGGAGGAGACAAUCAGGGGAGGCCGCAAUCAGGAGGACACAGCCACGAGGACACACAGCAAGGAGACAGCGAGGAGGAGAUAAUCAGGAGGCCACAAUCAGGAGGAGACAGCCAUGGAGACACACAGCAAGGAGACACAGCGAGGAGGAGACAACAGGAGGCCACAAUCAGGGAGGACACAGCCAUGGAGACACAGCAGGAGACACAGCGAGAGGAGACAAUCAGGAGGCCACAAUCAGGAGGACACAGCCACGAGGGGACACAGCGAGGAGACACAGCGAGGAGGAGACAGUCAGGAGGCCACAAUCAGGAGGAGACAGCCAUGGAGACACAGCAAGGAGACACAGCGAGAGGAGACAAUGAGGCCAAGGCAAGAGAGACGCAGCAAGGAGACACAGCUCCACUUAAUAUGGGAGAGGCUAAGGAAGGUUUCUUGGUGAACAAUAUCCUAACUGACAGUGAUGAAGCUGCGUUUUCCACGUGA